AUGGUCGCGCAGACGACAUUUCCCACUCGUUAUCACGACCCUGAGUACCAGGAGGCGCACAACAACAUCCAUCAAGGCAAGCUCCUGGCCCCUCUAGAAGCAGUCUUGCCUCCAGGUAUCGGCCAGCAGGACUUUGACAAUGCCAUCAGCGACCUCACCAAGGAACUAGGCCACGACGGCGUCUUCACCAGCCAGUCGCUGGAAGACUAUGUCGACCCUUACGAGCUUUGGGAGGUCGAGGGCAAACGCAAGAUGCCCAGCGCCGCCGUCUGUCCACACUCCAUCGACGAACUCAAGGCAGUGCUUCGUAUAGCCAAUCAAUACGGUCUACCCCUCUGGACCUUCAGCCGCGGCAAGAAUCUGGGCUACGGCGGGCCCGCGCCGCGUCUCAACGGCUCCGUGGCGCUCGACCUGCACCGCAUGAACAAGAUCAUCGAGGUGAACGAGCAGUUCUCCUACGCGGUCGUCGAGCCGGGCGUCACCUUCACAGACCUCUACGACUACUGCCGCGCACGCAAACUCAAGGUCUGGCCCAGCGUCCCCUCUCUAGGCUGGGGCAGCGUCGUGGGCAACACGCUCGACCGCGGCACGGGCUUCACGCCUACGGCCACGCAUCACCAGAACAUCGCGGGCCUGGAAGCCAUGCUGGCCGACGGUGACCUCGUACGCACAGGCCAAUUUGCCAUUCCGGACUCCCCCAACGCGCAUCUGUCCAAGUUCAGCUUCGGUCCCUCGAUCGAGGGACUCUUCUUGCAGUCCAACCUGGGCGUGGUCACGAAGCUAGGCAUCUGGCUCACGCCACAGCCCCAGGCAUUCAUGUCAUGCUCCUUCUCGGUCCCCGCGCUCGAGGACAUUGCCCUGUUCAUUGACAUCUUCUCUUCCCUGCGGCGCGAUGGCCUGCUCCCCAAUACCGUCUACUGCUCGAACCUGAUCGAAACCCUCAGCAUGGUCGCCGGGCCCCGCGCCACCAUCUGGCCGCACAACGACACGCCCAUCCCCUCGUGGCGCCUGGACGAGCUCCAACGCCAGUACGACGUCGGCUGGUGGAGCGCCGUAUUCGGCCUGUACGGCCCCGCCCCCGUCAUCCAAGCACACUUUGACGAAGUCAAGCGCAUCAUCGCCCUCAAAGCCCCCCAGCAUGCCCACCGGCUGAAGGGUGAGCUCUUCCGCGGCGACGACGCGCCGGACGGGCUACUGGACCCGACCGCCGUGCCGCCUCCUUACGGCGGCUUUUUCGUUGGCGUGCCGAGUUUGUGGUCCUUGCCCAUGACGCGCUACCGACUGCCCACGAGCGACAGCAACAACAGUAGCGAAGCUGGCAGAGAUAGCAGCAGCAGCAACGGAGCCGCCACCAACACCGGCAUCGGCGCCCACGCCGACUACUCGGCUAUCAUCCCCUCAGACCCCGCCUCAGUACUCGAAUGGGUACACACCGCCAAACGCAUCUACGAAGCCCACGGUCUCGACCUCUUCUGCGACUUCUUCAUGCACGAGCGCCACCUCAUCUUCGUCAACAUGCUGGUCAUCGACAAGUCUUGCCCCAAACAACGCCGUGCCGCUGAUUCUCUGUUUCGCGCCUUACACGCCGCGGGCACUCAGCGGGGCUACGCCAAGUACCGCGCCCACGUCAAUUACAUGGACCUCGUGGCCGAGGGGUUUAGCUUCAAUGGGCAUGCGUACCGUCGCUUUGUCGAGAGGAUUAAGGACGAGUUGGACCCCGGGGGCGUGUUGAGUCCCGGGAAGCAGGGGAUUUGGCCGAGGAGGUAUCGGGAGUUUAGGGAGGAGCAGGGGAAGUUGUAG